AACCCAGAGACGGGGAAGUCCAAGGUCACACAGCCGGCUCGAAGUGAAGCUAGAUAAAACUCAAAACAGGGCGGUACUUCUGACCUUGAGAUAAUCAAUUGUACCCCUCUGGUCAACCAGACGCCAUUGGUGGAGCCAGGGUGGAGGUGGGAACUGAGUCCCAUGCACCUUUUGAGGCUCCGUCGCCACACUCAAGAUGACGACACACUGAGCCCUGUUCUGCGGUUAGACACAUUCAAGAUGGCGGUACACACUCCGGUUCCGGUUCCGGUGGCUCAGCUCCCCGCCCCCGGCCCGGACACGCUGAGCACACUGGAAGGAGUCAUGGCGGAUGGUCCGGUGGUGGAACUGCUGCUCCGGCGGCUGGAGGCGUCUGAUGGCGGCCUGGACAGCGCCGAGUUGGCGGCUGAGCUGGGCAUGGAGCACCAGGCGGUGGUGGGCGCCGUGAAGAGCCUUCAGGCGCUGGGCGAGGUCAUCGAGGCUGAACUUCGGUCCACCAAGCGCUGGGAGCUUACUGCGGAGGGUGAGGAGAUUGCCCGGGAGGGCAGCCAUGAGGCCCGUGUGUUUCGAAGCAUUCCCCCAGAGGGCCUGGCCCAGAGCGAGCUUAUGCGACUGCCCAGUGGCAAAGUGGGCUUCAGCAAGGCCAUGUCCAACAAGUGGAUCCGGGUGGACAAGAGUGCGGCUGACGGGCCCCGGGUGUUCCGAGUGGUGGACAGCAUGGAGGAUGAGGUGCAGCGGCGGCUCCAGCUGGUCCGGGGGGGACAGGCUGAGAAGCUGGGGGAGAAGGAGAGGAGCGAGCUGAGGAAGAGGAAGCUGUUGGCUGAAGUGACCCUGAAGACCUACUGGGUGAGCAAAGGCAGUGCCUUUAGUACCAGCAUCUCCAAGCAAGAGACAGAGCUGAGCCCAGAGAUGAUCUCCAGUGGCUCUUGGCGGGACCGGCCCUUCAAGCCCUACAACUUCUUGGCCCACGGUGUCCUCCCCGACAGCGGCCACCUUCACCCGCUGCUCAAGGUCCGCUCCCAGUUCCGACAGAUCUUCCUGGAGAUGGGGUUCACCGAGAUGCCGACUGAUAACUUCAUUGAGAGCUCCUUCUGGAACUUUGACGCCCUCUUCCAGCCCCAGCAGCACCCAGCCCGUGACCAGCACGACACCUUCUUCCUUCGAGAUCCAGCGGAGGCCCUGCAGCUCCCAAUGGACUAUGUCCAGCGGGUCAAGCGGACCCACUCUCAGGGCGGCUACGGCUCACAGGGGUACAAGUAUAACUGGAAGCUGGACGAGGCCCGGAAAAACCUACUGCGAACCCACACCACAUCAGCCAGCGCCCGUGCGCUCUACCGCCUUGCCCAGAAGAAGCCCUUCACUCCGGUCAAGUACUUCUCCAUCGACCGCGUAUUCCGGAAUGAGACCCUGGACGCCACGCACCUGGCUGAGUUCCACCAGAUCGAGGGCGUGGUGGCCGAUCAUGGUCUCACCUUGGGCCACCUCAUGGGCGUUCUGCGGGAGUUCUUCACCAAGCUGGGUAUCACGCAACUCCGCUUCAAGCCAGCCUACAACCCAUACACAGAGCCCAGCAUGGAGGUGUUCAGCUACCACCAAGGCCUGAAGAAGUGGGUGGAGGUCGGAAACUCGGGGGUCUUCCGUCCAGAGAUGCUGCUGCCCAUGGGGCUUCCCGAGAACGUGUCGGUCAUUGCCUGGGGCCUCUCCCUGGAGCGCCCAACGAUGAUCAAAUAUGGCAUCAACAAUAUCCGGGAGCUGGUGGGCCACAAGGUGAACCUGCAGAUGGUGUAUGACAGUCCCCUGUGCCGCCUGGAUGCCGAGCCGAGGCCCCCUCCCACACAGGAGGCUGUGUGACAUGGGCCACUCUAGGACAGGUCAUCCUCCCCGAGUCCCUCCUGCUGCGCUCCUUUGCAUCCCUGGCCUUGUAUUUAUGAGGCCUCUGUGAGGCCAGCCCCCACCUUCGUCUUUCCCACCUGUCCCAGGACCAGAAUCCCAGGGACACAGGACUGGGUAGCAGGUUCCUUCUGUUGUCCUGUGUGGUGUGUCUACUGUGAGGGUGGGCCCUGAGGAGACCUGUGGGCCACCUACUAUCUAAUAAAGUGGGCAGUUGCCCCC